UUUAUCUGGCUAGUAAUUGCAUCGGCAUGCUGGCUUUCUUGUGUGUGUGGGGGGGUACUUGGUGAGAAGGAUACAGAGCUGCAGAAUCCCUGUGCUGGCAUCCCCACACAAGGAUGAAUUAAAUGCACACACGUCUCCCGGGAAGGACCAUGGCUGGAUUCUACGGUUGCCUGAAAAGUAAAAAUGACUAUAUCAUGGCUACGGGACCAACUGAUGUCAUACAGUCACCUGAAACAGGAGAGAUAGUUGAAGAGUGCACAGGAAAGAAAAAAUCCAAAUUUCAGACUUUCAAGAACUUCUUUGCGAAGAAGAAAAAGAAAGAGCCUCCACCUCCCAGGGGAGAGAGUAAUUUAAAACCCAGCCAGUCCAGCAGCGAUGUCAGCAUCUCUGUGCUCGACACUACUGCGCCUCAUUCACCGAAGGAGGCUGGGCACAAAGGAAGCAUGGGAAACAAAGCCUUGUCCCAUGACAGUGUCUUCAUUUUUGACUCUGGAGCAGGAAAUGUGACAACUGACUUGUCUCAGGAAAACAUACCUGGAAGAGUGAAGACUUUGCAGCUUCAGUUGCAGCAGAACAUCAGACUUGGAUCGCCUCCCCUUGUUAUAACUGGAAAGAAAGUGGAAGAUGCAGGUGCUGUUUCUGAAGAUGAUGGUUUGCCUAGAAGCCCACCUGAAAUCUCAACCCUCCAUGAAGUUCUGACAGAUUCACCAAGCAAGUCCUCCAACCCUGUUCAGCGUCAUAGCUCUUUGAGUUUAGGCGGGACAGACAGUGAAGAUGAACAGAUACCUUCUGGAGCUUCCUCCAGGCCUGUCAGCCCUUCAUCCUCUGCUGCUCUGGGGCCCCCCAGCUCACGAGGCAGCAGCUUCCCUCCCAUUGACUUCACCAUCCCCGCCAGUCCCCUUGGGUGCCUGGACACCUCAGCAGCCAGGCACAGGAUUGCUAUAAACCCUCGGAAGCAGAAAGGCUUCACCAACAAGAAUCAGCAGCUCCCACUGGUGGAACAGCUGGAAAAUGAAGCAUAUCUUCCUGCAACUCCAGAAAAGAAAGGAAAUUCAACAGAAUUACUUGAGAGUGACCAAAAUAAAAGUGAUUGGGAAGGAUUAUCAGCCCAGAUGGGAUAUUGUGCAAAGGCAGGACAUUCUAAGGAGAUGCGAGGUGUAAAAAGUCCCAUUGAUGUUGCUUGUGACUCUUGUGAUUCCACACUUGGGGCAGAAGAUUCUUGUGCUUUGCUGAAAAAGGAUGCAGACCUUCCAGACAUGGACCAUCACUGUAAAGCAGCUGCACCCCUUCUGAGACCAGAGCCUUCUCCACUGAAGCUGGAUGAACGCCACAGUGCAAAAGUGUCAUACUGUUCAGAUGAGUCUGCUGAUGAAUUGAAAUUACAUCAGCAAGAUACCAAUACUGAAGUAUCUGCACUUCCAAAAUGGCAACAAAUUGAAGAUGUAUCUCCAGGCAUACUAGCAGCUAACUUGUUUAGCCAUAGUGUGGAAUCAGAUGUGUUUGCAGAUGUUGCACAAAGGUCCUCAGUAAAUUCUGCAGACCCAGACAUCGAAGACCAGGAAAAGGAGGACCUACUGUUUAUUGGCAAAGUAGAAGCCUGCUUGGGUCCUAUUGAGAGUCAUUCCAGCCACACUGUCUCAGAUACUGCACCAAGCACUUCACAGGUUGUAGCAACCAAUUCAGAGUCUUGUUCUGACAUCAAGACAGUGGCUGUUUUGAAGCCUGAAAACAAUUCAGUAACAAGAAAUGACCAAGAAGCUUGUGAAGAAGUGGAAUUUCAGUCAUCUAAAGACAGUGCAGAAAAAACCCUAGACAUUGCUGCAUCUGUCUCAGAAGCAGGUUGCAUGCCACCUCCCAUUAAUUUGGAAGUAUGUUCUAAAGCAGAAACUGUUUCUGUUUCGAAGGGAAACCACAGCAGUCAACAAGCCAACACAUCACAUGUUUCUGAAAAACUUUCAAUUGGAUGUCUUGUCUCUUCAAGUUUGGCUGGCUUGAAGAGUAAUAUCUCUUCCAGUGAUGACAGUAAGGACUACCAGAAAAGCACUACAACUUCUCACAGGAAAUCAGUGGAAGACAGUCGAUCUUCAGAUGCAAAUGUAAAAAGUCCACUGAAGACUGCUUCUGCUAAGCCAGUCAGAUUUACCAUUGCCCCAGCAUGGCAAAGAUCACUCUCAGGGGGUUCAAGUUCAAAGGAAGAUCCCUAUACCAGAAAUUCCCCAACGUCCCCUGUAAGACCAGAGUUGUUUGAAGGAAUGACAAAAGAACACACACAUUUUGAUGCAGCCACGCAGGAACCAGCAAAACCCAUCUCAGAUAGAUUUGGUCGAGAUUGUAAGGACAGUGAUUUGCAUUUGAAUUCUAUGGAGUGGGCUGACCAUGAAGCACAAAAUGUUGAAAACCCAUUUGGGGUCAGACUGAGGAGAACAUCUUCUUUACUAAAAUACCAGCAUGACAACCGUGCUGAGUCUCCAACGCUGAUCCCUCCAGCUGUUCUUCCUGCUGCUUCUGCUUCAGUCAGGGAGGAUCAGAAAUUGGUGGGCAGUGGGAAGUCACCUCCAGCCUUUCCUGUCAGCUCAAAAUCAUUUGUUAAAAAAACAGAUCUCCCUGAAGACAAGAAUCUUCUCAAGACAAGAUCAGAAGAGGUGGCAAAGAAGCAAAGUGAUCAUAAAUCUUCAGAAAAAGUCUCCUUUUCACAUUUGGAAACUUCUUCCUUUGAACCAGCUUGGGUCUCCAUGGCAAAACUAAAACAAAAGGGUUUCCAGGGUCACCCUCUUGCCAAAGAACACAAAGCGGAAGACAAAGCUUUGACCAAAGUGGACCAAGAGGAGGUAGAGUACCAGCAUGGGAUCUGUGCUAAUGAGAACAUACUGAAGAAGAGUAUGCCUUCCAGCUUGAGCUCUCAGGACAAGAAAACACAAAUGAAGACCAGUGCAUCUGCUGCAGCAGGUAAAGUUGGACCUAUUGCUCAGGAAGCAUCUGUGAUUCCUGCUGUUGAAAAGGAAGCAAGGCACUCCUCUAACCUGCCAAUGACACCGUGCAGCCCUGCUGAACCACCGUGGCUAUCCUUGGCCAAGAAGAAAGCCAAAGCAUGGAGUGAAAUGCCCCAGAUUGUACAAUAGCAGAUGACAUGAGCAUCCUUCUUUGCAUUGCCAAGAACUGUGUUAACUCCAUUUAAUCCCUUCUUUACUGUGACUGGGUUUUUUUUGAGAAAUAAGAGCCUUACAACUUUUGAUCAGACUGUUGUGUGUAAAUACACAAUGAAGAAAUGCCAUUGCAGGCUUAAUUUGAAGGAAGCUGAGCAUUUCUUACUACCAAAUACUAGGAAAACUUGAUCCAUUUGUUUCAUCCUUACACAUCUGACAGGGAUGUUCUAAGAAGACAUGCUUCAGGCUUUUGAAACAUUCCCCUUCAAAAUAGGUGUUUCAAGUUUCUGCAGACCAUUCAGUGUUUUGUGCAAUGUGGCUUUGGCUAAUAGAUGCUAUGAAAUAGGUAGAAUACUGGGCACUGACACAUCAUGACUCAUGGACUUUGAUGUCAUCACACUUCUUUCUCUAAUGCUGUCUGACUUUUGCUUCUGAUUGUUAAUGCAUCUGUUUUGUGACAGUUGUAAGAUCUAAAUAGCAUUGUGAGUUGGAGUAAUUCUGGCUUCUGGGUGGUCUGAAGUCACAGUGCUGUCAGUCUUGUGCUUUGCUCCUUGAUGCCCACUGGAAUAGCCCAGAGCCACACAUCUGUCUUUUACCAUGAGCUGGAAACCAGCUGCACUCUAGCAUAUACUCUCCCUGCAGUUACAUCUUUGGAAAUCUGGGAUAAUUUGGGUGUUCUACCCAAAAAGAAAAGUCCUGUAAUUAGAGCAAAUAGCUCUAAAGGGGUUUUUGUUAUAUUCCUCAACCAAUUGUCUCUCUUACAGAGUCUGUUGGGAAUGGGAAGUAUUUGCUGCCUAGAAGAUAGCAGCUUAUUUUCAGCAAAUGCCACUCUAUUCUCCAUGUUCAUGUGGAUGUAGUCAGUUGUAUUUAAUAUUAGUGGUAAAAGGGGCAUCUGCUUUCCCCUUUGCAUCAUCAGUCUUUAACCAGUAACUCAACAUCAGUCUAAGAAUGUGCAGCUGGAGAAGGAUCAUUCUCUCAGGGCCUGGCCUUGCAGUCACUUAAGUCGACAGAAGUUUUGCUAUUGACUUUGAAGGAAGCAGACACUUGAAAGAGAAGCUUUGUACGAUGAUGUUAGUGGUUUAAGCAGCAGUGGCACUUACUGGUCCUUUACAGUUUUUACAGCAUUGCACAUUUAUGUAGGUUUUGUUUACAAUCAAUGACAAAUAUGAAGGCUGACUUGUCUGAGGGACAGCUUUUAGCUGGAAAGUUGGUAGGUAUUUUUAAGGAGAAUAUUAUCUAUUGACAGAAUUAACAGCAACCAAAAAAAGUGGUUUCAGAUCAGCUCAAGCAAGACUUAAAUCUUCCAGUCUUAGCCUGAAUUUAAUAUGUAGCUCUUCAAUUUGAAAACAGUAUUAACUAGGAGCUGGACUGUGAUUUAAUUUUUUGUUAUAUAGGUGAAAACUUCCUCAGCCAAGUAGGCUCACUGAAGCUAUAGAUACUGUUUGUUUGCUACUGAUGCCAGGAAGAGUAAGAGUUUCACAUCAGCUUGAUAAUCCAUGCCUAUUUCACUACUUGUUUUUCUCUAUUUUAGGAAGCAUAUCUUCUCUUCAAAUAACUGAAACAUUUGUAUCUCUCUGAAACUUUUAAGUGUAAUAUAAAUACUGAGCUUUGAUCCCUGAAGUUUUGUACAGCUGCCAUCCCAUCACAAGCUUACUGACCCCGUAUAAAAUAUGUGCAUUUCUAUAUUCAGCAAACUCUCUUCUCUUUUUAUUAGUGUGGACUGUGAUCCUUCACCCAAAGUACUGCAAAUGAUACUAGAAUUUCUCUUUCCCUUGUUUUGUUUUGAUCUUGUUUCUGCCUUUUCUCUUUGGAAUGUAUAUAUGGUUUUGUAAUCCUUUUAUUGAAGGAACCUCUUUUAUAUUCCAUUCUCGUGUUUGGUUUAUGAUUAAAUGCUGUUGCCAGUGAUGAUGAUAUAAUUCCUGGGAAAAGAAGAGUGAUAGAUGGCCCUUGUUCACUAAGGAAAAAAUAAAACCAGAUCUUUGGUCAAUGUGGACUGUAUAUGGAUAUACUGCAUAGAUCUUGUUUUGAUUUUGUGUGACCUAAGACUGAUGAACUCAGCUGAUCAGACUAAUGUUUUUUCCUAAAACUGUCUUUUUGAAAGCUUAAAACAUCACCAGGGAACUGAUGGACCUCCUCUUUGUUUUCUUCAGUUACUGCUCCUUCAGUACAGGGUUGGCUUGAAGGUUAGCACUCCUAUGGUCACAGGAAGCCUGAUGAAUUCUCAUUUGAAUGUGUUUUGGUAUUACUAGCCAAUUGCUGCUGCAAGACAUUUUUGGGUUGCCUUGAAAAAGAAGAGAAACACAUAAGAAUCGUGGGAUGUUACAUUUGAAAUUUACAGGCCUUCUGGAUUUCUGAAAUGAGUGCUUUUAAGUUUCUCUCUGCAACCAAGAGAACAAAAAACAUACAGAGAAAAAAUUAAACCGAGUCUCGUGUAAUCACAAGAGUUUAGAAGUUGAGGUUUUAAGACACACAUUGAAAUAUCAUUGAUGUAUUGAUUCAUUUAUAGAGCUGGUAGCUCUGUUAGCAUGGCUUUGAUUUCCUGGUGUCCUAGUGUAGUUUUUAAGUGUUCAGUCAGUGCAAAUAACUAAUAUAAGAAGCUCAUUUUGGGUGAUUAUUUCUAGACACAGUAACUGUCUUUGAAAAUAAACUGUUUUGAAGUGCAGAGUUCGUUGCAGAAUGUCACUGUGGAACAUACAGUGGAAGACAUAGAAAGCUGUAUCGAAAAUUCCCUGGGUACAGUGCAGAGACUGAGGUUUCAGCUGCCUUUGCUGCUGCUGUGUGACAGCAGAGGGUGCUGGUGCCAUCCCCCAGGAGCGCAGGCAGCAGAUUUCUGUAUGAGUUUAUUCAGUAUAUGCACUAUUACAGUGAGGAGAUUGGAGGCUUUCAUUAAUGCAGAAUAUUAUGCAUUAUUCCAUUAAUGAAGAGAGCUUGGAAAUAGAGAUGUGUUUUUAUUUGUGAUUUGAUGAGGGGUUUGGAGCUAUAAAGUGUUAAAACCCCACUUGUUGUUACAAGAAGCCCCUUGAAAUUGCUGACGAAGAUGGAGAAGGUCAAGUUACAUGGUGAAUUCAGUCCUGCAGUGGGGCCAUGCAGGAAGGUACGUGAACAUGUCCAAAAAGAGCAUUGCAGUUUGGCAUUUUAACUCUGCUGCUUAGAACAGCUGCCUCCUGGCUAGAGGUUCAUCUUCAUCCCAGUCAGUCGUAGAAUCUGAUGAUUUCACAGAAGAGAUCAGAGAGACAACAGCGACUUGGCAUACAGCUAGCUGUAGAUGACAGAGAUUCCUUCUGCUGUAACAAUGAGCUGUAGAGACUUGGGCUAAACAAGAGGGAAUGAAUCAGUUUAAAUGAAGGAAAAAGACUCCAAAAUUUCCAAAGCUACACACUUCUGCUCUGGCACAACUCCGACAACAUUUUUGUUACGAGAAUCUUGUGUAUACAUCUCCUUAAAUAGACCCAAAGAAUAAAUUCUAAAACUGAGAUGUAACUGAGGAGCCAGUAUGCAUUUCAGUUGCCAUCCUUAGAAGGAAAAUGUUAGAAUAGUGAAGUAAAGACUACCCAUACUGAAAACACAAACACUAGCCCUUUUCAGCUGAGAAAGUUUAGAUGGAGAGAGCCUCCUAACUACAUUAUGUGACGUCUUUUUAGAUGCUGUACACUAAAAUAUUAAGUGCAAUCUCUUUUGAAGUAUUACAGUAGGAGUUCUCAACUUACAAAAGCUGCAAUUCUUGAGUUUGUGCCACCUGCUCUGUUAAGUGUGUUUGAGAUCAAUACAGGAAAGAUAUUAGCCUGCCAAGAUACUCUGUCCUUGAGAAGUGCUGCUGGAAGGUGAUACCUCUCAAGGAUACUGU